UUCAGGUAACUUCACCGUACUAUUUGCCGAAUUCACAUUUAAGCGACGUCUGACCGGUAACAUGAUGAAUGUCUACAUCCCUAGUUCAUUAGUAGUCAUGUUGUCAUGGCUCUCGUUUUGGAUCGACGUCCACGCUUCACCCGCACGCAUCACUUUGGGUGUGACCUCAAUCCUGACUUUAGUCACUCAUUUGGUGCAGUCCAGAAGCUUCGUGCCUCCUGUGGAUUAUUUGAAAGCUUUGGAUAUUUGGUUUAUAUUCUGCAUCGUUCUGAUAUUUUUCUCUUUACUGGAAUAUGCUCUAGCUUACCAAUCCGCCAUCACAGCGCGACAGCAGAAAAAAGAAACUCGACGUCGUUCGUCAGAUACCGAUCCGAAGAAAGGAAAGGAUCCAGAAAAGAUUCAAGGAUGGGUGUCUCACUGGAAGGAUAUAAAGAAAACUUUGAUCGAUUCAAAACACGUAAAUGCAUAUGAUAAAGUGUCCAGAUACGUAUUUCCUUUUGUAUUUAUAAAUUUUGCAAGCUUCUAUUGGAUAUAUUAUCUAGCGCGCAGGAUAUAAAUAUGACCAUGAGAGAUUAAUGAGAAUUUCUUCUAAGAAUUUUACAACAUUUUAAGAAAUUAAUCUAUACUAAUUCUUUCUAGACACUAAAAUUAUGCUAUUUAAUCUAAAAAAAUAAAGACACAAACGAAUAUAGGACCCAUCAACACAAUUAACAUCUAGCAUCAAAUGAAAUUUCGAGUAUACAAUGAUAAAUAAAAUACAAAGUUGAAAUGAAAUUAUAAAUGCAUUUCUUGAAUUGAUAGAAUUUCGUAUGUAAAAUUAUAGAAAUAAGACAUCAGAGUUCCAUCAUUGCAUUAAUCU